AUGGACGAAAAAAUAAUUAGUCUGGUGGAAACAUUUCCACAUUUAUAUGACAAAAAAAAUGUAUUAUAUAAAGAUAAGGUGGCAGUAGAAAAUUUAUGGAAAACAAUCGGCAAAUUGUUGCAAACAGAAGUGUCGGAUUGCCAAGCAAGAUGGGCCGCGUUGCGUGCUCAUUUUUCAAAAGAACGGUCCAAAGUAUUGGUGUCUGGCUCAUGCAGUGGCAAACCGGAGUGGUCCCUAUACAAAUGUCUACAAUUCUUAAAUACGGUGGUGAAAAGGCGGCGCACAUUUGGUAAUGUGGCAAAUGAUGAAGAUACAACUUCGUUGGAAGAUCCAGGUACGGACGAUGAAAUAUCGAAAGAAAUGGAUAUUCCAGAAGCAACAGAGACUGAAGAAAUUUUUAUGUUUAAUACGGAUACAGGUAUGCUGGAACCUAUCACCCCGGCCGACACACCUACAAGAUCAACCAGCAGAGGAUUAUCAACGAGCAGAGCAUCAUCCGCACAAUCUGCUGUCACGUCUACCCCUCGUGGUAAAAAUUGCGCUAUACAGGGCACCUUAAAUAAAGCCGUUCACGUAUUCGAAUCAUUUGUAGCAUCAAAAAGUACGUCUAGUAGUAGCACUUCUUCUGUGCAAAGUUUUUGCGAUUCUUUGGUAGCAGAUUUAAACCGUUUACCACCGCCCCAGCUACGAUUAUGCAAAAUAGAAACUAUGAAAGUUUUAGAUAAUUAUUUAAGUGAACUUGAAAUGCAAUAA